AUGGAGUUCGCCGAGCUUAUUCUCACGCCGAAGCUAGAUGGUGUGCUUCUAUACGACCAGCUCAGUGAAAGACCCAUCGAUGGGACUCUGUGUAUUACCGGCCACCAUCUCAUUCUGAGCACGCGAAAGGAAGGGGCCCAGGAACUAUGGCUCCUACACCAAAAUAUAGAUCUCGUCGAGCGGAAACCACACAUAGUCAACAAUAUUCUGGAAGGAGGGACGAUAAUAUUAAAGUGCAAAGAUUUACGGAUAAUUGCACUUAAAAUCAUGUCACCGCAGGAGUAUUUCAAUGUGUCCAAUUCGAUCGAGCAACUUUCGAAUCUGGAGGAAACGAAAAUGCUCUACCCAUUCUUCUACAUACCAAUGUACAGCAUACUGGAAGAUGGAUACGCAUUGUAUCGGCCAGAGCAAGAGUUUGCCAAGUUGCUAGCGAACGGUGACGAGUGGCGGCUAACGACAGUUAACAGUGCGUUCCAGAUUUGCCCAUCCUAUGGUGCUAAGAUGGUGGUGGCGCGUUCGAUAACCGACGAACAAAUCGUGCAAUCGGCUGCCUUCCGAGACGGCGGACGCUUCCCGGUCCUCUCUUAUCGCCAUGCGAACGGGGCUACGAUGCUUCGGAGUUCACAACCGUUGGUGGCGCCUGGUGUUACGAAGCGCUGCCGGGCGGAUGAAGCGAUCCUGAAUACGGUGCUUGGCCGUAGCAAAAAGGGAUUCAUUUUCGACACAUGGGGAGGCAAAGGCAAGAGCGGCUACACAGAGACAGAUCAGCACUACCCCCAGUGGAAGAAAGUGACGCGCCCAAUCGGACAAUUUAGCUCGGUGUCCUCGUUGCUGGACAGCUUUCAAAAGCUGAUGGAAGCGUGUAACGAUGUGCAGUGCAGUUCGGACAAGUGGCUGUCGCGACUGGAACUGUCCGGGUGGCUGGGAUAUGUACUGAAUGCACUGAAUGCGGCGUGCGUCAUCGCCCAAUGCCUUGAUCAGGAAGGUAGUCCCGUGCUGGUUCAUGGAGGCAAGGGUCUGGAUACAACGCUCAUUGUUACUUCGUUGGUUCAAGUCAUCCUUAAUCCGGACUGUCGUACGAUUAGAGGGUUGCAAGCUCUCAUCGAACGAGAAUGGUUGCAGGGAGGACACCCUUUCACUACCCGCCAUAAACACUCCUGCUACACGCCAGCGCAUCAGCGAAGAAAAAGUUCCAGUGCCACGUUUCUACUCUUUCUGGAUUGCACCUACCAGCUGUAUGCGCAAUUCCCGUGUAGCUUCGAGUACGACCACCGUUUGCUGACCGUAAUCUUGGAACACAGUUACUUCAGCCAGUACGGCACAUUUGUGGGCGAUUGUGAGCGAGAUCGGCUACAGUUGAAAGUGUUCUCUCGAACAACCAGUCUCUGGUCGCACCUGAAUCGGCCAGAAGUGGUGAAAUCGCUACUUAAUCCACUCUAUGAGCCGAAUCCGGCUGUUAUCUGGCCAUCGGUGGCGCCCAUCAGCAUCAUACUUUGGUCCGAACUGUACUCGCGCUGGUCGAUCGAUCAGUCUCAAGUAAAGAUUACGUUUGGUCGGAUACAAGCAUUGGUUGGGAGAGAAAAAGAUCUUCGCAGCAGGGCAGUGAAGCUUCGGCGACAGUUGGCAGAGCUGCAACGUCAGCUGAAGCACAGCCAGAAUGGGAAUGGUGCUGAAGACCACCGUCAUCGACCUACCGACGACGUGUACGAUCCGGGAGACGACGGUGACGAGGAAAGCGUUUCAUCAGACCCAUUGGGUACCAGUAAGUAG